GAAUUCUACCCGCCCGGCUGGGUCGCGCGUCGCCGCCCGCACCGCCCGCACCGCAGGCCCCUAGCCGCAGGGGCCCGGCCGGGAGACUCGUUUUCGCGUGAAUUCUCCCUUCUCCGCGCGGAGCCGCUAUCCCACGCUAUAAAUUGUUACGGGUGGGGGUCUGGAUGCCGUUUAGUGGCCCAGAGCCUGCCCAGCAUGCAGAAGGCUGGGUUGUAUCCCCAGCACCAAAAGAAAAAAAAAGUCAAAUGAAGAAAACCUCCGUUUAUAGACGUGGCCUGAGGUUGGCAGCUGUGACCUGAGGCUAGUGGCUACUCGGAUGGAGCUGUGACUUGUUGAGCUUGCACCAACUGGCCCAGGUAGAAAACUUAAUUUUAAGGCCCCAGAGGUAAGGUCAAAGGGGAGGUAAACACUGAUCAAUAAAGUAAGCAUCAAAUCUCAAUGGACUACGUGCCAACUAGGUCUAUUAUGAGAGGGUUGUUUUGUUGGUUGGAUGGUGCUGGGAUGGAACCCAAGGAGCUCCUGCAUGCUAGGCAAGCUCGCCACCACUGAGCCCCAGCCCUAGACACGCUGUUGCUGGGUGUGUAGUCUGUUCUACCUGCAUUGUCUUCGUGGAGGCCUGGGAGAAGGAAAUGACCAGAUCAGACUAACUACUUGCAAGAAGGCCUCGGAAGAGGUGACCAUUCAACAACUCCAGCCGAGACCCACGACUCUCCGUGGAGCGCUCGCCUUGGCUGCGCCACCUAAGGCAAGUACGCAUGCGCGAGUCCUCCAAACCGCCCCCCCCUCCCCGCCCCGGAGCAGUGCAGGUGCCGCUCUAGCCCGCGAUGCUCCAAGGUCCGCGUCUCGCUGGGGGUGACACGCUUCCGGGGCAGUGGCGGUGUGGCAAGAUGGCGGCGCCCAUGGAGGUGGCCGUGUGUACGGAUUCGGCGGCGCAGCUGUGGAGCUGCGUGGUGUGGGAGCUGCACUCGGGCGCCAACCUGCUCACCUACCGCGGCGGCCAAGCUGGGCCUCGCGGCCUGGCGUUGCUCAAUGGCGAGUACCUCCUGGCGGCUCAGCUGGGCAAGAACUACAUCAGCGCCUGGGAGCUGCAGCGGAAGGAUCAGCUCCAGCAAAAGAUCAUGUGCCCCGGACCUGUCACCUGUCUGACCACAUCACCCAAUGGCCUCUACGUUGUGGCGGGAAUUGCAGAAAGUAUAUAUCUGUGGGAGGUCUCCACGGGGAACCUCUUGGUCAUCCUGAACCGCCACUACCAGGAUGUCUCGUGCCUGAAGUUCACGGGGGACAGCAGUCACUUCCUCUCAGGGGGCAGGGACUGCCUGGUGCUGACUUGGAGCCUCUGCAGCGUGCUGCAGGUGGACCCCUCCAGAAUCCCAGCCCCCCGGCACGUCUGGUCUCAACACACGCUCCCCAUCACAGACCUGCACUGCGGCUUUGGGGGCCCACUGGCCCGGGUGGCCACCGCCUCGCUGGACCAGACAGUGAAGCUGUGGGAGAUCUCCUCUGGUGAGCUGCUGCUGUCCAUCCUGUUUGAUGUGGGCAUCAUGGCCGUGACCAUGGACCUGGCAGAACACCACAUGUUCUGUGGUGGCAGUGAUGGCUCCAUAUUCCAAGUGGACCUCUGUGCUCGGCCCACACAGAGGGAGAGGAGCUUCCAGCCAGAGCAGGACCCUGGGAAGGUCUUCAAAGGGCACAGGAACCAGGUGACCUGCCUGUCCGUGUCCACUGAUGGCAGCGUGCUGCUCUCGGGCUCCCAUGACGAGACAGUGCGUCUCUGGGACGUUCAGAGCAAGCAGUGCAUCCGUACCGUGGCCCUCAGAGGCCCGGUGACCAACGCGUCCAUCCUGCUGGCGCCAGUUGGCAUGCUGAGCUCCGACUUCAGGCCCAGCCUGCCGCUGCCCCGCUUCAACAAGCACCUGCUGGGCGCCGAGCAUGGGGACGAGCCUCGUGGAGGGGGCCUCCCCCUGCGCCUGGGCCGCCACCGGCAGGGUAUGGAGCCCAGCUACCUGGACCGCAUGGAGCAGCUGCACAAAGUCAUGUGCAGCACCCUGGAGAAGAACGUGCUGGGCGGCCAGGACCAGCUGCGCGUGCGCGUGACGGAGCUGGAGGACGAGGUGCGCAAUCUGCGCAAGGUCAACCGUGACCUCUUUGACUUCUCCACGCGCAUCAUCACGCGACCCGCCAAGUGAGGGCUGCGGCGACUGCCGAACCGGAGGCGGCCCUCACACUUGGGCCAGUUUUAUGUUCUGUUUGGGUGUUUUACCCCUUGUUUUGGGGCCGUUUUGUCUGUGUUGUACACUGGCAUUGGUUGUGUCCCAUGGUGCUCUUCUGUUUUUAACAAAAGAUGAUCUGAAAGCCACUUUUUGCUGCCAUGUGUCCCUGCCUGACCCAGUGACCAAGCUGGGACCUUGAGACCCUCGGUGCAGCAGCAGAGGGGCUACGGUCAGUGGGCCCCAGCCCCUGGGGAGACAGGCAGGCAGGUCUGGAGACCCACGAGUUGCAGAAGGGGCUGGCCGCUCAGUCAGGAGGGGCACUGCUGGCUGCAGGGACACUGGGGCAGAACCAGUGCCAGCUGCCAGUGGUGAGGUACCCAGGGUGCAGGGAGCCGUGCUCAGCCCCGAGGAUUGCAGGGCCCAGCCAGUUGCUUGACCCCUCCAGGAGAGGGCGACAGAGGGGCAAGUCUCAGGCUGACACCCUGCCCUGUGCCCCUCUGCCGCCCAGCACCAGGCUGAGCCCCUCAGCACUGCUUCCUCUUGGGAGAUGACAUGGGCACCGCUUCAGUCCCCUGCCCGGUGAAGGCCUGCGGUGGCAGGCACAUCAGAAAGGGGACAGAUCUUGCCCCCAGAUGGUAGGCAGUGAUGCGGGGCCUGUUCUAGGCCAGCUCCUUAGCGGGUGCACUCUGGCCAACUGACAGCAACAUGCUGGUCAGCAUCAGGCCUGAGGGAGGCCACCUUCCCCACCCCACUGGCUGCUAGCCAGUACCUGGAGCCCAGCCCAGAUGCCUCAAGAACCUUCCAGAAGGCUACCCCAACUGACAUCUCUGCCUAAUGGUCCAGAAAAUCCAUGUGACUUAGCUGAUGCCGUCAUACCCGCAGCCAAGAGCCAGCACUAGGGCCAUCUACCCCUCUGGGACUCUGUCCUCACUGCUGGCAGACUGGCCUGGUCACUCCCCUGCCAUCCCCUCGCCCCAUCCUGCAGGGUGAGGUGGGGGACCCUCAAGCCAUUUGCCUCUUUAGUGACCCCCAGAGGCAGGCCUGUGCCACAGCCGGCCACACCAAGCUGGGGCUCCAGCACCUGCCCCCAGAGCACCCAGGCUGCUGCUCUGAGAGGCCCGGAGGACCCCUGGAGCACAGCCCCAGAGCCCCGGCGGGGCUCCCUGGUGGCCUGGAGCCGCAGGGUGGGGCUGAGCGGCUGAGGGUCCUUGGAGGCCACGACUGGCCCCCAGGGUCUGCGUUCCCCCCACCCCAAGGGGCCAUCCCACCGCUCACUGGGGGUGAGGGUGGACCGGUGGCGGCAGGCCUGUGGAGGGCAGCUGUGGACAGAUGGCCACCCCAGGCAGACACUGCUGCCUCUGGCGGCAAGGGCCUGUGAAGGUCCUGGCGUUGACAGGGCUUUCACUCCCACGCUGUCCUUGGCUUCCUGCCUGCAGACGCUGGACGGGAGGACGCUGUCUUCUGCAAGUCACAGUGGGGAUGAGUCCAGGCACACGAGGGGGCAGCUGACCUCACAAACCACACUGGCUCUGAGACAGCUCCCUUAUCUGCAGGAGGAACAUCCCUGGUAGCCCUCGGAGCCGCCCGGGCCAGGCUGGUGUGUGGAGCUGGAGGCGAGGGCAGGCCUCUCCCCAGGGUCCUAGGGGACCGUCCAGGCCAGGCUGGUGUGUGUGGAGCGGGAGGCGAGGGGCAGGCCUCUCCCCAGGGUCCUAGGGGGCCGUCCAGGCCAGGCUGGUGUGUGGAGCUGGAGGCGAGGGCAGGCCUCUCCCCAGGGUCCUAGGGGGCCGUCCAGGCCAGGCUGGUGUGUGGAGCUGGAGGCGAGAUGCCCUCCUCUGCUGCACCCACUCCCUGCACAGUCCUGUCAGACCAGAGGCCCCUUGACCCAGAGCGCUGGGCAGUGACGGCUCUCCUGUGCCCUCUUCAGGUCAAGGUUCUCAGGCUGGGUGAGAGCCAAGUGGUGGAGUCCUGUCCUGGGUCCCCUGGGCGGCUGCCCGCAGGUUCAGGAACUCACAGGCACACAGAUCCUCAGCACAGGCGGAGGUGGCUGGGCCAGGGAGGGCGAGGCCACUGUCCCUGGGAGGACUCUGGCCAGGGACAGUCCAGAGUGGCAGAGGAGCACUGGACCACUGAGCCUCGCCCCAGCCCUUUUAAUUUUGUAUUUUGAGACUGGGUCUCCCUAAGUGGCUGAGGCCAACCUUGAACUUGCAGUCCUCCUACCUCAGCCUCCCAGGGGCUGGGAUGGCAGCCCUGGGCUGGGGCCUGGCUGGUGUCAGGCUCUCCGUGCAGACCCAGGGAGCUACCCCUCCCCCAGCACCCACAGCCGAACGCGACCAUGCAGCCGCUCACAGGAUGGCCCCGUGGCCAAGCUGACGUCAGGCCAGCAGCCUGGCUCCUGGGCACAGGCCCCAUGGCUGAAGUGGGGUCCUGGACGCCGUGUUCACAGCGAGGGCAGCCAGAGCCCCCCAGAGCACACUCACUCACCCAGAGGAGGGGCACCCUGACCCUGCUGCUCCGGCGUGGCCUGAAGACAAGUGCUCGUGACACACUAGACCCAGGAGGUCCCCGGAGUCCCAGCUGCAGAGACGGGAGGGGCCGGGCGGGAGCCCCGGGUGGAAGAUGGAGCGUUCUGGAGGGCGAUGGGGGACGGCGCCAGCCCUGCCACUACUGAGCUGUGUGCUUAAGAACCUGGAAAUGGCAGCUUGUCGCGUGUCUUCUACACAAAACACCUUCCCAGGUUCGCAGUGGAGGGAAGCAGUCCUGCCUCCAAGAAGCAGCUCACGGACACGGCCACCAGCCUGAGACCAGCCGACGUCCCCCUCUCUGAGGACUCCUGCUCGGAGGGGUGAGGCCUGGUCACUCCGGGAUGCGUGACUAGGCACUCACACAGCACCAGCAGACAGGCGGCCUGCGCACCCGCCGAGGGCCAGAGGGGCUCCCUGGCAUGACUGUGGGUCCAGGACUCCCAAGGACCCCCAUUUCUCUCUUGGGAUGCCUGGCCAGGCAGCUGGACAAGGUGACCCCUGGACACUCAGACAGAGCCACCAACCCUCAUUAGAGUCAUCUCAAAAUUCAGUUCAUUUGCUGGCUGGAAAUGGCUGACAUUUUAUUCAUU